CACAAACAUCAAUGAAAUUCCAAUCUUUCAGCUGGUUCUAUUUUGUUUGGGUUUGUAACGCCGUAAAAUUUCACAACAUGUUCCGUUACAUGCUCGAAGCUGCUCGGUUGUAAACAGUUGUUUCUGUUGUAAUAUUUGUAGUUUUCGGUGAUUGAAUUUUUAGACAAUGAUAUCGCGAAAAGGAUUUCAGCUAGUUGCGAAACCACCGCUUUACAGCAAUAUUCGCAGCAAUUUCACCAGCCGAGGAGAAUUAUAUAAUAAAUGUUACACCAUCCUCGGCGUAACGGAGAACUCCGACCAAAACACGGUCCGCCAUGCUUACUUAGCAUUGGUCAAGAAGCUGCACCCGGACAGUGGCCACCCGGAGGCGAGCGCGGACCGCUUUCACGAGGUGGACACCGCCUUCCGCGUGUUGUUGCAAAAGUUUUCCAAAUCUCGUCGCGGGCUGGUCGAGGAUAUGCAGGAGCAGGUGAAGGUAUUUGACAUUCGGCACACGGCACCCCAGCACCGGCAGUAUCUCAGUUUUGACGGAGUUGGCCACGGGACGCCGGCACAGAGGCAGAAGCAAUACCAGGCGGUACGAGCGCAGCGGGCACAGGAACGGGUGCUGGAACAUCGAAUGUCGAAGGCACAAGCCUCGGAGAUGGCCGUCAUGAAGAAGGGGGACUUUUUCAAGAAGCACCAGAUCAAAACCAAGUAUGGGUUCGAUCGAGUGGUUGAGGAUUUGAUACAGGAAGCGAUGUCGAGGGGAGAUUUUAGCAAUCUGUCCGGGUUCGGGAAGCCCCUGCCGGACCAUCAGAGUCAGAACCCGUACGUGGAUUUUACGACGCACAAGAUUAAUAAAAUUAUGCUGGACAACGGAUUUACGCCGGAGUGGAUCACACUGCACAAGGAGAUCCGGGAAGAGUGCGACGGACUGAAGAGCAAUUUGGCCAAGGAACGGGGGAAGCUUGGAGAGCUUCCGUUGACUCCGCAGGACGAGUACAAAUGGGAAAAGGUGCUAGAGGCUCACGAGAGCGUGGUGGCGGGUUUAAAUAAGAAAAUAGACAAGUUUAACUUGAUAGUUCCGGUGCUUAACCGGCAAAUGGUUCGAUAUGAUUUGGCCCAGCUCGGACAAAAAGUGCUGGAAAAGGAAAAACACAAGGGACAGAUUAAGAAAGAGGAAGAACUGCAAUCGUCUGUGAAUUAUCCAAAGGAUGCGAGUAAAGUUAGUAUUUUUAGUUUUAUUGGAUCGUUAUUGAAAUAAAUAUUGUUUAAAAACUUCUUGUGAAAAA